AUGACGACGACGCGCAAGCUGCCCGCGUUCGACGAGCUACCGACCUUCAAGGAGUUCACGGGAUGCGCAUGGGAGGUGUGGGGAAAGGACGACCAGCUUGGUACUGUAAAUCUGUUGACACCGGAGGUGGUGAAGGAGGCGUCUAAGGAGAUCAAGACUGGCAAGUCGAUCGCUUUGAACUGGCCUGUCAACUUCCCCAACAAGCCCGUGUUCGGUCGCAAGCAACCAGAGCAUGAAGUCAUCUACAAGGCUGAGUUCGGCGCGGUGCAGGACGAUCAUCUCCACAUUAACACUCAAUCGGGUACCCAGUGGGAUGGCCUGAAGCACUUCGGUCUUCUGCAUCAUAGCUUGUUUUACCAAAACACUCCUGCGUUGUCCUUCAAGACCGGCGCCAUCUCCUUUCCCGACCCUAACAAUAUCGACCCUGAGGUCAUCAAGCUCGGUAUCCACAACUGGGCGCAGCACGGUAUCUGCGGCCGUGGCGUCCUGCUUGACCUCGUCAAGUACUACACCGAGAAGCAUGGCAAGCUGCCGUACGACCCGUUCACUACGCACGCCAUCCCGCUCGAGGACUUGCAAGCCGCCGCGAAGGCGCAGGGCGUCACAUUCCAGCCCGCGGACAUCCUGAUCCUCCGCGUGGGCUUCAUGCUGCGCUACUACGGCGCGACGCAGGAGGAGCGCGACGGGCUCCCUGACAAGCCCGAGACAUUCGCGGGCAUCGAGCAGAGCGAGGACAUGAAACGCUUCCUGUGGGACAACCACUUCGCGGCCAUCGCGUCUGACCAGCCCUCUCUCGAGCGCUGGCCCCCUCCGGAGGGUGUCCGUCACUUGCACUCGACUCUCCUCGGGCUCUGGGGGAUGCCGAUUGGCGAGUUCUUCGACCUUGAGGCGCUUGCGAAGCACUGUGCCGAGACCGGUCGCUACACGUUCUUCUUCUCUUCGUGGCCGCUCAACGUCCUCGGUGGUGUCGCCAGCCCACCCAACGCUGCCGCGUACUUCUGA